AUGGGGAGCACCGGCGGCGAAAGGGUCCCUUACAGCGGACCGCUGAGCGGGUCUCUCAGCGGGCCUCUCAGCGGGCCGCUCAACAAGCGAGGCACCAAAAAGAGCGCCCGCUUCAACAUCCCAGACCACCAGGGGCCGUCCAGGGAACCCCCCGGAGGAGAAGACUAUGUCGAAAUCACGCUCGACUUCCAUGACGACUCGGUGGCGGUGCACAGCGUGAAGCCGGCCGGUGGGGGAGGGGCCUUGGAGGAGGAGGACCCGGAGGUGACGCUAUUGGCCAAGACGCUCGAGCGGCGAUCAGCCUCGUUCGGGGCUUCCGUUUUCCGCAGCGCGUCUAAUCGAAUCCGUCAGGUCUCCCAUGAGCUGAAGCGGCUCGCCUCCGUCACGCGGCGACCCGAAGGCAACGCGGCAACGGGCCACGUUGACCGGAGCAAAUCGGCGGCGACGCACGCGCUCAAGGGGCUCAAGUUCAUCAGUAAGGCCGACGCGGCCAACGGGUGGUCCGCCGUGGAGAAGCGCUUCGACAGUCUUGCCGUCGACGGGAGACUUCCCCGCGCCCUCUUCGGCCAGUGCAUCGGUACGGGUGGUGCCGCCUACUGUCUCCCUUCUCUCUCUUGUCAAUUGUCUUUUUCUCUCUGCCGACAAAAUAAAUCAUUGGUGGAAAUCUUUGCAAUUUUUUUCGUUCAGGGAUGAAAGAAUCCAAGGAGUUCGCCUUAGUUCUCUUCGACGCGAUGGCGAGGAGGAGGAACAUCAUGUCGGGCUCGGUCAACAAGGAGGAGCUGAAGGAAUUCUGGGAGCAGAUGUCCGACCAGAGCUUCGACUCCCGUCUCCAGACCUUCUUCGACAUGUAAAAUUCCCUCCCUCCCGCCCCUUAAACUCCCCUUUCGCCACUUUUUCCCGAAACAGACAUCUCUGAACCAGCACGGUGGCGCAUAAUGCAGGGUCGACCAAGACUCCGACGGCCGGAUCACGGAGGAAGAAGUCAAAGAGGUCAGUGGUUUCCAUCAUCUUUUUCGCCGAUCAGGGCGACGCCUGGUUCCGGCGCUUAACUCUCGCGGACGAUGGGGUUGAAUAUGCAGAUCAUAUCAUUGAGCGCUUCGGCCAACAAGCUGUCGAAAAUCCAAGACCAGGCGGAGGAGUACGCCGCGCUGAUCAUGGAGGAGUUGGACCCUGACAAUCUCGGCUACGUCGAGGUAAGACUGCUAGUACUAGUAGUAAUAAAAGUAAUCGAAGAACAAUUUUGAGAAAAGUCCGCUCAAUUCAGUCCUAAUCUGGGGAGGAUUGCAUCUGAUUUGGUAACAAAAUCAUUGUGCAGAUAUACAAUCUGGAGAUGCUGCUGCUGCAGGGGCCGACCUACACGGCGGCAGGGGGAGGCAUGACGACCAGCCGGAAUCUAAGCCAGAUGCUGAGCCAGAAGCUGCGGUCGACCAGGGAAUCCAACCCGCUCAAGCGAUGGUGGCAGAAGGGCCGAUACUUCCUGGAGGACAACUGGCGGCGGUUGUGGGUGAUAGCCCUCUGGCUGGGAGCCUGCGCGGGACUCUUCACCUGGAAGUUCAUCCAGUACAGAGAGCGCGCUGUAUUUCAUGUCAUGGGCUACUGCGUCUCCACGGCCAAGGGCGGCGCCGAGACCACCAAGCUCAACAUGGCUCUCAUUCUCCUUCCGGUCUGCCGCAACACCAUCACCUGGCUCCGAAACCGCACUGGCCUCGGCACCGUCGUCCCCUUCGACGACAACCUCAACUUCCACAAGGUACCCAAAACUGCUCCCCUCUGGUGCUCCCCACUGCAACCGUUUCCAUUGGGACGGAGACUUGCCAAGGAAAAUUAUGCGCCGAUGAGAAUAUAUUAAAAUAAAGUAGAGGGCUUUGGGAUUCCCUCUGGUACGGUCUAGUCCUUCAGAAUCCUGUUGGCCUGAUAUCUCCUAUUGCAUGCCAUUGGCGGGCAGGUAAUAGCGGCUGGCAUCGCCGUAGGAGUGGGGAUGCACGCGAUCGCCCAUCUGACGUGCGAUUUCCCGCGGCUGCUGCACGCGACGGACAGCGAGUACGAGCCGAUGAAGCGCUUCUUCGGCUCGGAGCGGCCCAAUAACUACUGGUGGUUCGUCAAGGGCACCGAGGGGUGGACGGGCAUCGUCAUGGUGGUGCUCAUGACAAUCGCCUUCACCCUCGCAACCCCGUGGUUCCGCCGCAACAAGAUCAACCUCCCCAAGCCCCUCAAGAGGCUCUCCGGGUUCAACGCCUUCUGGUACACUCACCACCUCUUCAUCAUCGUCUACGCUCUGUAUAUCGUCCACGGCUACUUCCUCUACCUCACCAAGGAGUGGUACAAAAAGACGGUGAGCCCCUCGCCGCCCCACCGCCGUUCGACUUUAUGACUGCGACUAGCUCCUCACUGACCGGAAAACGUGCUUUUGGCGCAGACAUGGAUGUAUGUGGCCGUGCCAAUGUUCCUGUACGCGUGCGAGAGGCUUCUCCGGGCCUUCCGCUCCGGCGUCUGGCCGGUGAGGAUUCUGAAGGUGGCGGUGUACCCAGGGAACGUCCUGACGCUGCAGGUGUCGAAGCCGCCGGGCUUCAAGUACCGAAGCGGGCAGUACAUGUUCGUCAACUGCGCCGCCGUCUCCCCCUUCCAGUGGUACGCUAUCCUUUAAGCUCUUCUCCAUGGCCGGAUGGAUGGCCUCCUUCCUUAUCGGAUUCGCGCCAACCUGCGUCGUUCGGUGGCGCAGGCACCCCUUCUCGAUCACGUCGGCGCCGGAGGACGACUACCUCAGUGUUCACAUCCGGACCUUGGGCGACUGGACCCGUCAGCUUAAGGUCGUCUUCUCUGAGGUAUGAAUCUCCUCUUCCCAUUAGAACCAUUCGAUGUUAAAACUGGAAACACUGUGACUUAGGUUGAUUUCUCCGAUAGGCCUUGGUUCGAUGUUAACUGCAGACGGCGAGUUUUCUGAUAAGUCCGUUGCGACGGUGUUUUUCUGCAGGCGUGCCAGCCGCCGACCGGCGGGAAGAGCGGGCUUCUGCGGGCGGACGUCAACGGCGACGACGGCCCCAACCCACGGUAUGUUACUCUCCCCCAUCCUCCCGCCUCCUCCGUUCGACCACGUUGAACUUCGCCAUCGUCGGCCCCGCUGAUCAUCUUAUCCUUGCUUGCGUCUGUGACUUGGCAGCUUGCCCAAGGUUCUGAUCGACGGGCCGUAUGGGGCGCCGGCGCAGGACUACAAGAAGUACGAGGUGGUGCUGCUGGUGGGCCUGGGCAUUGGGGCCACGCCCUUCAUCAGCAUCGUCAAGGACAUAGUCAAUAACAUGAAGCAUCUCUCGGAGGAGGGCCGUGGUGCUGGAGACGACGACGUGGAGUCCGGCAACCGCCGCCGAGGAGGGUCCGGCAGCAGCGCUUUCCGGACCCGACGUGCCUACUUCUACUGGGUGACCCGGGAGCAGGGAUCGUUCGACUGGUUCAAGGGUGUCAUGAACGAGGUGGCGGAGACGGACAAGGAUGGCGUCAUCGAGUUGCACAAUUACUGCACUAGCGUCUACGAGGAAGGAGAUGCCCGAUCUGCAUUGAUAGCCAUGCUUCAGAGCCUCAACCACGCCAAACACGGCGUGGAUGUCGUCUCCGGCACCCGCGUGAAGACCCACUUCGCCAAGCCCAACUGGCGCAACGUCUACAAGAGCCUCGCUCUCAAUCACCGCGACAAACGCAUCGGUAACCAUCUCUCUCUCUCUCUCUCUCUCUCUCUCUCUCUCUCUAGCUCGGCCUAUUCGAAGGCCUUCUCAGAGCCUUCUCGUCGGCGAGUCCUGAUCCACUUCCAAUGCGGUGGCUGCAGGAGUGUUCUACUGCGGAGCGCCGGCGCUGACGAAGGAGCUCCGCCAUCUGGCCCUCGACUUCUCCCGAAAGACAUCCACCAAGUUCGACUUCCACAAGGAAAACUUCUGA